UAAUUUACUGUAGGAGGUAAGACGGCGGGCUCGCGGUGAGCGUCGGUCAGGGAUGAAAAUAGGUAUGCCUGGAAGCAGAUUUUAAAAGCAGUUUCUCCAGGUCAUCUUUCACACCACCGGAUAAGCAUCUUGAGUCACCAUGGUAUUAGCAGCAGUAAAACGGGUGAUAUCAAACAGAACUAUCUGGAAACAUUUAUUUCCGAUUCAAAACGGAGCUUUAUAUUGUGUUUGUCAUAAAUCUACGUAUUCGCCUCUUCCAGAUGACUAUAAUUGCAAAGUAGAGCUUGCUUUGACAUCUGAUGGCAGGACAAUAGUAUGCUACCACCCUUCUGUGGACAUUCCAUAUGAACAUACAAAACCUAUCCCACGGCCAGAUCCUGUGUGUAAUAAUGAAGAAACACAUGAUCAAGUGCUGAAAACCAGAUUAGAAGAAAAAAAUGAACCCUUGGAGCAAGGACCUAUGAUAGAACAACUUAGCAAAAUGUUCUUUACUACUAAGCACCGUUGGUAUCCUCGUGGACAGUAUCAUAGACGUCGUAGGAAACUGGAUCCACCAAAAGACAGAUGAUAUUGAGGUUUUCAGGAAUCAAAGAGAUGUUAUCUUGUGUCUUAUUUGCCAUUUGAGAAAAUGCAAUUGAGUGUAUUCACUGUUAUGUAGCAAAACAAUAAUAAAAUGUCUUUUUAUGUCUUAAAAAAAUAAAAAAUAAAAAUAAAAAUAAUUU